AUGAAUAUCCUCCCGCGCACAGAAACGUCCUCUAUCAUAGUAAAUCAGCCCGUUUCGGGAGCCUCGUGCUCGACCUGCGGCAAAAGCUUCAAAAACGUGAACAGCCUGCGCGCGCACAUGUCGCUCGACUGCAUGAAAACCAGCUUCUUCAAGUGCAAAGCCUGCCCGUUCAUUUCCAAAAGGCGCUUCAACAUGAAAAUGCACUACGCCACCAAGCACAAGAUCGAGGUGCACAGCGGCAAUCUCACCAAAAUCACCAGGAUCACCUUCUAGAAUUGUUUUCUCUUUUCCUUUUCAGGAUCCAGCUAGAAUUAAAUCGAUUAACAAUUACUUUUUGGUGCGCAAUUUUCGAUUGGGUAGUUGCCUAAUUGGGCUAAUUAAUGUGCCUUAUUUUAAUGCACUGUAAGGCAAUAUUUUUAUACUAAUUUUUACGUUAAUUAUUAAAGUCUAAUAUUUGUUUUUUUAUAAAGUCUCGAUUGAUUAUCUAAAUUUGAAUGUUGGUAAGUUUUUCGGUCGUUAGUUUAGAUUAUAUUGGUCUAAUAAAGCAAAUUAAAUAAAUUAUUUACGUGGUGGGAGCAAACUAAAUUUUAAGUCUCUUUUUGUGUUUUAAACUAAUAAAUUGUUGAGUUAGUGGGAGAAAAAAAAGAAUUUUUUACGACAUUAGUACAAUUCUUUUUUUACUCUACAAUUACACGAUUAUAUUUUGUACCUUCAUUAUUAUAAAAACAUUUCCAAAAAACCGACUGUAUUUUUACUCAUCCACUAAUUAUCCAGUUACUGAUACAUGGAUUCACCCAUCCUCAAAAACUUAGUGGGUAUCAAUUAAUAUUUAAUUGAAACGAAGUGUUUUUUCAGGUAACAUUUCUUUUCUUA